UUACCUGGAACCGAACACCCUGACGCCACAUAUAGAAGACGAGCAGCGAGCCGGAAGUGUCAGUCACUUAUCUCCGCUGAUGGCUGUAUGAUUGCGAUUGUUUGAUUGUUGAUUGGUGGCGAUCUUAUCAGGGCGAAGGAGAAGACUGCUGCGGCCAGACAAAAAUCGAACUUGGUCAGAGGCACACACAGAGAGAGCUGUGUCUACCAGUAAAGAGACCAACACAACAGCCAGGCCAUGGGUUGCUCCUGCUCGAGGCCAUUGGAAUACGACGGCGCCACGCCCAAUCCACUGCAGGCGGCCAUUGCCCCACCGCGCGUCCAGCGGCGACGCCAACAGGAGGAGAAGCGUAUGCGUCAGUUGCAGAAGCUCCAGAAGCGCAAUGCUCGUAAGCGGCAACAGAAGCGAGUAUCAAGCGGGGGCGGCUCGUCAGGAUCCAUUCAGCGGCGCCGUGUAAGCGGCGGCAAACAGUGCCAGGAUCUGGCGCUGCAGCUGCGUCUGCUGGGUGGAAGCAAUGGCAGCAGUGCCACCGAGUGUGUCAGCGCAUUGUACGCGCGCACUUUGGAGCACCAGCGGGAGGAGCUGCAGCGAACCAUCGAGCAGAAGACACUGCAACAGCUGGACAAGGAGCUGCACACGUUCCUGCUCAACCAACUGCUGCUGGGCUUGCAGUUCUUUGCGCACUUCGACGCCGAGAUGGGGGCCAUGGACGUGGAGCUGCAGUUCCAGCGGCGUGCCUGUGGCCAGUCCCUCACCGAGCACAGUCUGCUGCAGGCGAGUGCCAUAGAUGUGGCUGUGGCCAAGCAUCUGCUCUUUAAGCCCAUAGCUGCCAAACACUCCCAGCCCCUGCAGAAGCCGCUGACGUAUGUGGUGUUCGAGAACGUGGACAUAUCGCGGCCCAACGAUGCCAACUAUGACUCGAUAGCCACCCUCUGCAAGGUGCUGCUCGAGUCCGACUACUACACAUCCACGCCCUGCCGCUCCGAGUAUGUGCAGCUAAUGGAGCAGUCCCGCUGGAUGGGCUAUGUGCGCCUGAAGCUCAGGGAGGAGCAGGGAGCCCACGAGCAGGCGCAGCCAGCCAGUUCGAGUCCGCGUCCGAUUGGGCGGGCCGCCAGCAGCGGCGAUGAGGGUGAGGGCGAUGGCAUCUACACGGACGGUGGCGGAUCCACAUCCGGCUACAGUUCGGGCAGCUGGCGGGAGGGGGACUACGAUCACGUCUAUCUGGCACGCCUCAACACUCUCCGGCCCAUGGAGGAGCUGAGAAUGGGCAGCGGCCCGCCGUUGGAGAGGAACGUUCUGCCAGAGGGUUGCAUUUGCCGACUGGCCAGCUGCCUGCCCGCCUGGCUGGAGCAAUCAGAUGAUGACGAUGACGACGAGGACGAGUCCUGCCCCAACAGCGAUGGGGAGGAGGAGGAGGAGGCCGAUGAACAGGAGGCGCCACGUUCCGCCUACGAGACAGUCCAGGUGCUGCGCCAGUGCCGCGUGGAGCAGCAGCGGCGACAGGCCCUGCUUCAGCAGAGCUACCUCAGCUCCGAGCAGUUCAUGAAGUACUUUGCGGAUCUGCUGCGCCAGCAGCUGGCCCGCGAGCUGCAGAUCCCCGCCUCGUUGCUGGCGAACGGCAGCUAUCGGGGCUGCAGCGUCUACACGGACAGGGAGGAGCUGGUGCCGGCCAUUCAUGUGCCCAACGCUUGGCCCGACUGCGCCUUCGAGUUCAAUCUGAGGGCGCGUCCGCGGCUCACCAAUCUGCACACGGACGAGAAGUUCCAGUGGCCCACUGAGCAGAUGAGGAAUCGGAUUCGCUCUUUCGGUUUCCAUGUGGUGCCAGUGGGCUAUGCGCCGAAGCAUUCGCGGAAUCCCUUUCGGGAGCUCGAGUGGCGCAUUGUCUUCCCGCAGGCGGAGCAGUUCCUGGAGCGCCAGCUGACGGCCAUGCAGCUGAAGGUGUUCCUCCUGAUGAAGGUGCUGGUGCGCACCUUUGUGAGCGACAAGUGCCAGGCCAUGGGCUCCCUGGUGGAGCAGCUGCGUGCGCAUCUCUUCUGGCAGUGCGAGCGGCACAGCAACGACUGGCCCGAGGAGUUUCUCGGGGAGCGGCUGCUGCGCUUCGUGCGCUCCUUCGACGAGUGCCUCGCCCGCAAGCAUCUCAGCGACUACUUCAUCGAGCGGCGCAACCUGUUCGAGCACGUCCCAGAGGAUGCCCUCAUGGAGCUGCGCUCCAUUAUGGCCGGCAUUGCCGAGCAGCCGCUCCUCCAUCUCGUGCAGGCACUGCGGAACCUCGACCAUGCGCCCGACUUCUAUCCCAAGUUGGACUACAAGCGGCUGCUGGAGAACUUCUGCUGCCAGGACUACCUGCAGCUGCACAGCUGGGGCAGGUUCUCCCGCUCGGCCAACUCCAUCCUGCAGCAGGCGCACCUGCAGCAACAGCAGCUGGAUGAGGAGCAGCAGGAGCAGUCACAGCGAGUGGAGGUCACCGACGCCCGGGGACUGCUCGGCAUGCCGCAGCAUCAGGAGCGCUCAAGGGGCAAGUUGCGGCGCAAGACCCAAAUGCUGCGCGCCUCCAACCAGCAGCUGCAGGAGUUGGCCGACCAGCGGCGUUCCUCGCUGGACUCCUCCUCGAUGAUGGACAUGUCCAUGCAGCUGCUGCUGUCGCGCUCCCGCAGCCUGCAGGACACUCCGCCGUCGCAGUGCCCGGCGGGGCCGCAGCUCAACAACGGCCUGGAGAUACUGCGGCGCACCAAUCUGCUGGAGCUGCUGAUCGACCAUCUGCUGGCCAUGCUGGCCAAGGCCACUCAGUUUGGCAAUCGGCUGCACGCGGAGCUCUACUUGGAGCAGGCCCAGCGGCUGUGCCGACUGUACCAGAAGCUCGGCUGCUCCCAGAAUGCCCAGCACUAUGUGGAGGAGCUGCUGCAGGCGUCGGCGGACAUUGAGGGGAUGUGCGUGGCCGGUGCGGAGACUCCGCCUGCCCUGCCACGACGCAGCUUCUCCGGUUCUAUCAGAUCAUCGCCAUCGCCAUCGCCAAUGCCAUCGCCACAUCCUUCGCCGUUGACUCCCCGCCAGCGUCGCAAGUCCAUCAAAUUCAUGGAGCAUGUGGUACAGAUCCACACACCCGAUCCCAUGUCCAGGCAGGUGCUGCCCCUGCCACACCACACGGCACCUGGAAUACUGAAGGGAAACACACAGCCCAAGCCAGAGGGCGCGGUGCCAGGGAUUAGGGAGGAACCCGCCCAAACAGUGGUUAGUCCCACGGAGAGCAUCCUUUCGCUCAACACUCUGCUGCAGCGCCUCCACGUGGAUCCGGACAGACUACAGACGCUCAGCAGCAAGACGGAACAGGUCAUCCAGACUCUGGCACCUUCGGAGGCCAAGCGCGAAGAGCUGCGCGACAUCCUCAAGCGGAAUACGCAGAAGUUCAAAGAAGCCUUCAACUGAAUUCGACCUUAAUCCUAUGCAUAACUACGCAGGCUGCUAUUUAAGUUUCUGGCCUAGCUACGAAAAACACAACUUAGGCUUCCGCAAAUGGUUUUAUUAUUUUGAACAACAUUCUUCAGGAAUAGAAACCCUUUUUUCGAAACAUUUGAACCUAUUUUCAGAACACUUUGGGCACAUAGAAAAAGUAUCCAUAACACACAUUUUUUGCCACGAGGUGAUCAUGGAAAAUCUUAUUAAUGGUCGUCAUACUAAUGCUUAGGGAUACCUCAAUCCCACAGUAUAUGACAUGAUGAUCUUGCUCAAUCAUUUCGCGCACAGCAUCGAUAUUUUUUGGCCCAAAAAUUCAUUUUAAGCUACACGAAAUUCGAUAUCGAACGUGGGUCGUACAUGAAAAAGUUGUAUGUUUGUUUAAUUCAUAAAACUUCAAACUUUUUUAUGCAACUGACCAUUUGGUCGUAGUACGACUAGAAGUGACCUAGGCCAGAAACAUAAAUAGCACCCCUCGUAUGUAUGUAUAUAUCUAUAAACUAUAACUGUAAGUUUCCCCCACUCACAGAUAAGACCCAGCGAGCACUCUGCUGAAAAGUACUCUACAGUACCUUGAGCUACUGAAUCCAUUUGGCUAGUGAGCACUCGAAGUGAAUAUUACAGGGUAUAUGUUUGAGUUAAGGCAUCAAGGCAUAAAGGUGACUCCAAUAGGUAAAGGCUACGGAUAAAAUAACUCCUCAUAACCGAAGAUCGUACAAUUAUCUAUGAGCAUAUUUACAAU